CAACAAGAGACUGUAUGCUCGAAAAAGACUAUAAAAGCUUCUGCACUAUGUUCUUUUAAUCCACUGUGUGUAUGUGUGUAUGUUCUAAUCCUGAAGAUGAGUUCUUUUACGUGAAUAAUUGAAGCCGACUUCACUCAGCACAUGGAUUCCUUUAUUGUUUUAAUGUUUUUUGUCAUUAUUGUUGGUGCUGUCGUUGGAAAAUUAAGUAAUUUCUGGGGUCCUUACCAACAUUUGAUGUGCACCAAGGAAAAGCGAUUGCUUAAAGAAAACUUGGAAAAGAAAGACGCAGAGUUGCGUGGCCUGCGUCGGCACUUCAGACGUUUUUCAAAAGCUGUGAAGAAGUUUGAUGAAAUAAAGACAUGGUCAGACAUGGUUGUUUCAGAACUUACUGAGUUACAUAAUGAUAUUAGUGAGAUUGUAACUGGGGCACCAAAUGAGAAUUCCCAUGAUGUUCGUGCACACAGGUAUAUCGCCAAAUUUGAUGCAUUCGGCGUUGGAAUGGAUUUGCUAAAAGUUAAGGUGGUGAAUCUGAGAGAGGAAACUGAGCAUCUUCAUAAAGAACUUAGUGACUUGCUGAGAGAGAAACUCAUGCUUUCAGUAAAGGAACCAACAGGCAAAGUCUCAAAGAAUAGCAGUGAAGAGAAAAAAGCAGAGGAACCUGUACCACGUCAGGAGGAGAAGACGCCAGGGCUAGAGGGACCCUUAGAAACUCAAACUACUUUGAAUGCGACUGAACCAGAGAUACAGAAGCCCUCAACCGCAUCCCGAUGCCAAGCUUUGCUGCACAUUGUAUGUCCACUGUGGGUGGUGUAUGUAAUUGGAUACUUUGGCUGCAGUUUUCUGUGGGUCAUUGUAGUGGUCAUUGUAAAACUGCAGUAUUCCUGGAGGAAGGAAGACCGGGAGCAGCAGCAGCAACAAGCCCUACAAGAUGAAAAUCUGUCUGAUGGGCAGCCUUCUUGGGUUGCUGUCCCUGAUCUUGAGAAGUCAAAAUGGUUUAACAAGAUUUUAAAGCAAGCGUGGCCAUCAUCAUGCCGCUACUUAGAGAAGAUGAUUGUGGAUAGUGUCACUUCACAUCUGACAGAUAACAAGUUCCUGAAAAUGCUGAGAUUCACAAGGUUUAGCCUUGGAGAUAAGCCACCACAUGUGAUUGGUGUGAAAGGGUACAACCCAAAUAAAGACCAAGUGAUACUGGACCUCUAUUUAAGCUAUGUAGCAAACAUUGAUGCCAAGCUGGAAAUCCCAGGGGUCAUGUCAGCUGGGGCCAAAGCUAUUCAGUUUCAAGCAAUACUUCGUGUCUUCAUGAAUUUUAUUGGCCAUCUUCCAAUACUUCGGGGAAUGAGCAUAAGCUUUGUAAAGAAACCUAAGCUGGAUAUUGACUGGACUGGAAUCACAAAUGUGCUGGAUAUGCCAUUGUUUAACACAUACUUUGAGGAACAGAUAAUGGACCUCAUUGCACAGUACUAUUUACUUCCAAAGAGAUAUGCACUCUAUCUUGCUCAAGGUGUGACAGAAGAGGAGCUGAUGGGCCCAGCACUUGAGGUUAUCCUGAGAAUCCACUUGCUGGAGGCACAGGAUCUUAUUGCAAAGGACAACUUGAUGAGGGGGCUAAUCAAAGGAAAAUCUGAUCCAUAUGCAAAAAUACAAGUGGCCAACCAAUAUUUCAAAAGCAGGGUCAUUGACAACAAUUUGUCCCCAAAGUGGAACGAAGUGUAUGAGGCUACUAUAUAUGAUGUUGAAGAUGAAAAUCUAGAGAUAGAUAUUUUUGAUAAGGACCUCAACAAGGACGACUUCAUUGGAAGGAUGAGUAUCAGCUUAGAAGAAAUAAAGGAAAGAAAAGUUAUUGAUCAGUGGUUUAAAUUGGAAAAUGUACCCAGUGGGCAACUCCAUCUGCAACUGGAAUGGCUAACAAAACCUGCAGAAUCAUGAUAAGUUCCAAGAACAUGCUGUCAGGUCGCUUGACAUCUGUGAAUUGCCCUGGAAGUGAGACUGUGUAUAAUUAACUUGUAAGCACCCUGCAGUGGUCUGGCCUGUCUUUUAUCUCUUAUCGACAUAAGCUGUGAUUACCCCAUGACACUGCAUUGGAUUACACAGGAAUACCAUGAAAAAGCAUCUGGGUGCAACAAUAGAAAUGAAACCGAUGAGUGCCAUGGUGAACCAAGAGGAUGGAGUUGAGUAAAACCCUAUUCUGGACAAUGUGCCAUACAGAGAGCACUCUAACUGAAUAUGGAUAAGAUAACGUUGGUUCCAGAUAGAGUGAUGUAUCGGAUGUGUUGGUACCAAGAAAGGAAACAUGAUUUACAAUAGACAUCACAACUGGAGAUGAUGAACUACAUUCACAGAAGACCAAACAAACCUAAGAAAUAGUAAAGGUGAAGGAAGAAUGCUCCUGUCUGCAUGCAUCAAGAGUCUCUUUUGGUGUAGAAUUUUACAACCACAAUAUAAAGUACAUUUUUAAAAAUACAUUUUUGACCUGGGCAAUGCAUUCAACUCCACACAGGGACUGAUAUAUUAACCUAGGAAGCUGUGAUAUUCCCCCAAAAAUCAGCUAAUCUCUUAGCAUUGCUGUAUCAUAAUACUUCAUAAUGAAGUUUGAUUUUGCAUGUAAUCUGUGUUCAUGGUGGUUUCAUCCUGCAAUUUUAAAAUCAUGCUGUCAGAUCAAUUGAAUACAUUGGGUUGCUUAAAGGUGUGACAUUUAGUAUAUUUAUGUAUGCCAUGCAAAUCUGUGUAACCUCCACAACACUUUUUUGUUUUGCACCAAUUACUGACAAGUUGCCCUACACCUUCAUCAUCAUCCACUGCCUGCAAACAUGAAUUUGAUUAAGUGCUUGAGAAGUGUUGACUUUGCCAAUCUGAUGUCUUUGAAAAUUCAUACAUUUACUUUCAAGUUAGGUUCAUGUACAUUCACCCAGCUGUGGACAAGAUGCUGUACAUUACAGGGCACACUCACAUGCAGGCACAACUGGCUAGUUUAAAGACAGAUGCAGUAAUUGAGUAAAAAGCAAAAAAUUUGCAAAGACAGUGGACAGGCUGUAGAAUUGUGGGAUUUGAAAAAAGGAGACUCUGGAACUAGUACGAACCACUGUUCUGUCCUUUUAAUUAAUAACAGUAAUAACAGGGCGGAGU